UUUUGUUGACUCAAUGUCACUUAAGCAGAAAUAUCCAACGGCGUAGUGGCUAGUGACAAAAGGUAAAUUUUCUAAGCUUCUUAGCCUCACAUUUUGGGCAGAAGUCAGAUUGGUUUUAGUGGUUGUUAUUCACUACCUGCCUUGUUCUGAUUGAUGCACACAGAGGAGAGAGUGAGCUGAGAAUGGCAAUAACCCUUCUCUCUGUUCCCAAUCCUCACCAGGCUCCACUCUUUGGGAACAAAUUGUUGCUUGGCCACGGCUCCACAACUCUCGUUAGGUACCCAUCCAAGUCUGUUAUACCUCUCUCUGCUUCUUCUCCUUCUCCUUCAACUUCUGUUGUAGAAGAUGGUCCUUCUCCAUCAUCUGAUUCUCUUCCUGUCCAACCUGGGUCUGCCACUGAAGAACCUGGACAGCUUCCUCUGAGGGGUUGCAAGGCAUGCGGUAGAGAGGAAAUUGAAAAGGGAUGCAAUGGCGAUGGAAGGAUUCAAGGUGGAAUUGCAACUGUCCCAGGGUUUGGUUGGUGGCCAAUAAAGGCUUACAGGCCUUGUCCUGGACUCGUGGCGUCUGGUGGCAGGUAUAGGCGGCGUGGCCAAAGCAUGGAUGAGGUUGGCUUUGGACGAGCGGAGACAUGAAUUUCUGUAGGCCAUAGUGACGAGGAUCAGUCAAGCAAGAAGAAGCAGAAUCCAAGAUUAUGUGCCAGAAUGAGUAUAUCUGGAGUCAAUGUCUCUGUUUAAGGAUGACAAAUCUACGUAUCAUCACUAGGUCGGUCUGGGGAUCUAGUGCUUAUUAAGGUUCUCCUCCUUUCUCUUCUUUUUCUUUCCAGAAUUGUUUGUUGCCACUGAUGGUAAUGAUAUUUGGCGGAUAAGGUUCUCUUUGUACAAAUCUAUACUGGUUAAUAAACAAGGAAUGGUUGGCAGGGUUAAAUCAAAUUUACAUAUUUUUUGUUUAAA